GGUGAAAGUGGAUGGCGGCGAGGCGAAACUGAGCAAAAAGUGGUGAUAAUCAUUAGUUCCAGGGUGUUCUGCCAUGUUGACGCAAGCUGCUAUAAGGCUUUUUAGGGGUUCCUUGCGCCAAACCUCCUGGGCACAGUGGGGGCAGAGGGAGCUGCGACAGUGUCAACUUGCUCCUUUCACAACGAUUCACAAGGACAAGCCACUUUCUGAUAAAGGAAGUGAGCUAAAGAGACGCUUGAAAGCUGAGAAGAAAGUAGCAGAGAAAGAAGCCAAGCAGAAGGAGCUCAGUGAGAAGCAACUAAGUCAGGCUGUAAACGCUGCUGCCAACCACACCUCUGACAAUGGAGUGGCUGCUGAGGAAGAGAGCCUGGACCCAAAUCAAUACUUUAAGAUCCGCAGUCAAGCAGUCCACCAACUGAAAGUCAGUGGGGAAGACCCGUACCCACACAAAUUCCAUGUAGAUAUCUCGCUCACUCAGUUCCUACAGGAAUACAAUCACCUGCAACCUGGAGAUCACCUGACUAACAUCACCUUAAAAGUGGCAGGUAGAAUCCAUGCCAAAAGGGCUUCUGGAGGAAAGCUCAUCUUCUAUGACCUUCGAGGAGAGGGGGUCAAGUUGCAAGUCAUGGCCAAUUCCAGGAAUUAUAAAUCAGAGGAAGAAUUUGUUCGUAUCAAUAACAAACUGCGGCGGGGAGACAUAAUUGGAGUUCAGGGGAAUCCUGGGAAAACCAAGAAGGGUGAGCUGAGCAUCAUUCCCUAUGAGAUCACGCUGCUGUCUCCUUGCUUGCAUAUGUUGCCUCAUCUUCACUUUGGCCUCAAAGAUAAGGAGACACGGUAUCGCCAGAGAUACUUGGAUCUGAUCCUGAAUGACUUUGUGAGGCAGAAAUUUAUCAUCCGCUCUAAGAUCAUCACAUUUAUAAGAAGUUUCUUGGAUGAGUUGGGCUUCCUAGAGAUUGAAACUCCCAUGAUGAACGUCAUCCCAGGAGGAGCUGUGGCCAAGCCUUUCAUCACCUACCACAAUGAGCUGGAUAUGAAUUUGUACAUGAGAAUUGCCCCAGAACUCUACCAUAAGAUGCUGGUGGUUGGUGGCAUCGACCGGGUUUAUGAAAUUGGACGCCAGUUCCGGAAUGAAGGAAUUGAUUUGACUCACAAUCCUGAGUUCACCACCUGUGAAUUCUACAUGGCCUAUGCAGACUAUCACGACGUCAUGGAAAUCACAGAGAAGAUGAUCUCAGGUAUGGUGAAGCACAUUACAGGUUGUUACAAGGUCACCUACCACCCAGAUGGCCCAGAAGGCCCAGCCACUGAGAUUGACUUCACCCCACCCUUCCAGAGAAUCAGCAUGGUAAAAGAGCUUGAGAAAGCCCUGGGUGUGAAACUGCCGGAAACACGCCUUUUUGAAACUGAAGAAACUCGAAAAAUUCUUGAUGAUAUCUGUGUCGCAAAAGCUGUUGAAUGCCCACCACCUCGCACCACAGCCAGACUCCUUGAUAAGCUCGUCGGGGAGUUCCUGGAAGUGAAUUGCAUCAAUCCUACUUUUAUCUGUGAUCACCCGCAGAUAAUGAGCCCGUUGGCCAAAUGGCACCGUUCUAAAGAGGGUUUGACCGAGAGGUUUGAGCUGUUUGUCAUGAAGAAGGAAAUAUGCAAUGCCUACACUGAAUUGAAUGACCCAGUGCGGCAGCGCCAGCUUUUUGAAGAACAAGCCAAGGCCAAGGCCGCUGGCGAUGAUGAGGCCAUGUUCAUAGAUGAAACCUUCUGCACUGCCCUGGAAUACGGACUGCCCCCCACAGCUGGCUGGGGCAUGGGCAUCGACCGCCUCACCAUGUUUCUCACAGACUCCAAUAACAUAAAGGAAGUACUUCUGUUUCCUGCCAUGAAACCGGAAGACAAGAAGGAGAAUGUAGCAGCUCCCGGGUCAUCUGAAAGUCCCAGCGCAGGCACGUCUGUCUAGAAAAAUCACAGUUGCAAGUUGUAAAACUCAGGCACCUCUGCAUUUCUUUGGACGCUCAAGGACUGCAAGGGAUUCUUGUGAGUUGCUCUCCCUUUGCUGUGGUGGUUCACUUCCAUUCACCCACCAGAGAGGGAAGAGGAAUAAAGGGUUCCUUUUUAUGCCUUGUUCCCAAA